AUGUGUCAUACGAUCCUUAUCGUCACUCUAAUGCUGUUGAUGGCUGAUGUACGUUGCGAUGAAUGGCUAACACUGCCGUCUGAAAUGAGUGAGUCUUCAGCACAAGCCGCUCGUCCACGUCGAUUGACCGCCACCAGUCCGCUGCCGUUCGUGCGACAGAUCGGAGCGCCAUCGUUACGAGCGAAGCGAGUGAUCACGCCUAUACCGGAAGCGCAUGGUCCACUAGUCAACAUAGCUUCCGUCUAG